AUGGAACAAUUCAAGGUAUAUUCUCAUCAUACGCACCAGGUCACACUAUCUCGGCCAUACUAUCUCGACUGGGAAAAUUCCGAGCUUACUGACUGGUUCAUCGGAGGGCUGGAAAGAAGCACGUCAAAUUGGCAAUCCGUCACUCACUUAGUCAUAGGUCACUCCGUCUCUUGUUCUCGUGCUAUCAAUGCGGCUUCCAAACUUACCCAGCUCAAAGUUCUUGGGCUAUACGGUGUUCUCGACGUCUUUCCACAGGACACUAUAUGGACACUCCCAAGUAUCGAAAGGCUGGAUAUAUACGUGUAUGCAAACUACAAAUCCGUGCCCAAUUCGCCUACUAUCUUCGACCUAUUCAAAUCCAGAGUCAUCGCCCCGUCCCUCAUCAGCCUCUACAUCGAAUGUCGCAUCAGUUCAGGCUUUCACAUUGUCGACGAUAUGCUUUCCGCUUUCGCCGAAAAUGUGACGCUGGCAUCGGUUCAGGCAGGAAAUGACCUCUGGACAGAGAUUACCCCAAGCGAAAACCUAUUGCCGCGUCUGAAGCACUUGGAGUACCCCUUCACCUCCUCGAUGCUCUUGCUCCAGGAAACUCUGCGUGUCUCUCGCGUUAAAGUACUGGUCAUCCUCAACUUCAAUGAUCUAUGGAGCUGGGUCGAUGAAGAGUUCAGAACCAUUCUCCGGUAUACCAUCGACGACUUGAGGGAGCAUUGCAAGUCACUAGUGGGCUGUAUAAUUCAUCUAGAACCGGUACGGCGCCCAACUACAAUCAUAUUGGACGAUCUUCUAGUGCAUCCCGAUCACCCAGGAUUCGAGGUAUCCUACUGGGGUAAUGCUAGCGGAUACCUCCUCGAGAUGGUGGAUCAACUUCGUACUCUUGGGGUGCGUUUGAUGGCGCGAGAAUCGUUGCUUUCCGAUACCUAUGGAGCAGAGCCAUUCCUUCAUGCAUUCUUGAAUACUCAGAUGCGACGGGGGAUCAAGGUGUGA